AUGCUCCUCACCAUGUGUCUUAUCUCCCCUGCUCUUCUCCCUAUACACCACCACUGCACCUCCAGCCACUACUCCGUGAAGCUGAUCAAUUCUAAACGCACCAUCAUCGAGUCCAUCCUCACCACCCUCCAUCACCGAGUCAGGUUCGCUGGAGCCACAGUCAGGGACAAACAGAGACUACAGCGCAUUGUGCGCUCUGCAGAGGAAGUGAUCGGCCGCAGCCUUCCAUCGAUGCAGGACCUGUACGUCGCCCGAGCUCGAGCCGGCUGGGCUUCAUCUCAGCCGACUCCUCUCGACCUGCACAUGGGACUAUUCCAGACCUACAUUCCCCUCGGCAGAGAGACUGCGUACCAUCAGGACUAG